AUGCUCUUCUCAUCAGCUAUUGCCCGGCCUCUGCAGCUAGCUACUCGCACCUUGCAAUGGAUUAGUGCUGUCAUCGUCAUGGGCUUGACCUCAUGGUUCAUUAGCCACGGUCGUCCUCAUGGCACUCACAUGCUCUACCAGGAGUCUAUUGCCGUUAUUUCCGUCGUCUUCUUCAUCCCCGCUUUCAUUUCCCCAUUCCUCCCCUCCGCCCUGAGCAAGUUUGUGCUCCUAAUCGACGUGGUCUUCUCUUAUCUCUGGUUGACUGCAUUCAUCUUCUCCGCUCAAGACUACAGCUCAGAGUGGUGUUACGCCACCGCUCCAUUUGGUGUAGGCUGUCGAUACAAGAAGGCCAAUGAGUCGUUCAUCUUCCUCGCAUUCGUUUUCACCUUCUUCGGAAUGUUCCUUGAAGUCGCUGCCCUCUGGGCCUACCGCAGAGAAGCCAACCCCAACGCUCGCGUUACUGCCGCCGAGGAAAAGAUGGAGACUGGUACCCGUAUGCCUCUCGAUGCCCCUGCUGGCCCCAUGUCCGGCACUGGUCCUGCUCCCGGUGUUGCUACGACCACUCCUGCCGGCGCUAUCUAA